CCGAUGCCGUGAUACCAGAAACAAGAAAAAAACCGAAAUUCUUUUCCCGCCACCACGAAAGCGUGCCUCGUUACCAUGGGUACCAAAACACGCGCAGCAUGAUUUAAAAACGAUUAUGCAGCGGUUGCAUGCAAACGGACGGGCGGCUUGCAUGCAACCAAACAUCAAACAUUUCCUGGCCGCGCAAAGUCGACAUGAAUUUCCCUUUCGUCUAGUGAAAAACGAGAAAAGCCUACCUCGUGUUCACAUCCCCUGCUCCCUCUCCCUCCCCACAUUACAAACUUCCGUGCGGUCCAGGCUUGCGGAAGACCACCACCGUCCAGCGUGUCGGACGAAGUGUUUCUUCAUCCUACGGUGUCGGCUAAAUUAGUUUACAUUACAAAAUAAAGUAAACAAUGAACUAGCACCAGUGUGUGUGUAUGUGUGUGUUGGUGUGGAGGAUGUAUGUAUGCUUGUACGUGUGCCCUAUUUUAGCAGUACCAGUAUUCGCCAGGUCAGUCUCAUCGAACGUUAGGAAACGUGGUUGCACUACGGUGACCGUUGGUAGUGCGUUACUGUCCAUGGAGCAGGAAUUGUCGUCGGACGGAUUUUCCAGUCGGAGGUUUAGCUUAUUUCGGCAUUAAAAUCGUACAUUGUGUGUCAGGCAUAGCAUCACCACAUAUCAACCAAACAGUGCCAACCGGUGUGGGACCGAUUGGGAGGGGAGGGGAAAAUCCGCCCAACGUCCUAACUCCCCGACGGUAGAGUUUGUGCUCCUUUCGCCGGAGUUUGCUCACAUUUGUGUUUUAUAUCAUCUCAUCGGAUGAAGGUUUUGGCUAACGUUUGUUGCUGUUGUUUUGGACGAUGUUGUUGUCGUUUGACCGUGCGUUCUUCUUGUGUGUAGUAAAAAUUGCUAGGAGAAAAAAAAUAAUCAACGCACCAGAAAAAAAAAACAUAAACCGCUCUGGGUAACCAACUGGGGCUGGUUGUUGUGCGCAUAAAUUGAUUCUAUUUUUAUAUGCAUACUGUUUGGCUAUUUGUUGCUGUUGUUGUUGUUUUUCUCACAAACUCACAACCGCCUGCCACACCCGUUCCGGCGGUGUCCCCCCCGGGCAGAAAGGGCGGGGGAGGUCGAUUUCUUCCAGUGGACCGUAGCCGCGUAGCAUCAAGUAUCGCUCGGGACUGAGCACCGCCCGGUUCGUGCUCCGGACAUGGUCCAGCCGGGAGAAUCGUUCGGCGGCUAAUCGGCCCCGCUCGGUGCGCGGGUAUACUUAAUUUCCUUGGCGAGUCUUGGGAGCAGCUCAGCCGAACCCGAUACGCGCGGGGUGGCUCCAUAGGUGGUGGCAUGGAAGCGAGGUUGUUGUUAAGAAUGUGUGCCGCGGUUCGAGCAACAAUCAUCAUCAACACCGUCGCUGUACGUUCAGCGUUGUGGCCAGAACGGGGUGGAUUUUGAAGUGGCUAGAAUUCUUCACUGUAAACCGUAGCAGCAGCCAGCCAGCAGAGCGACGGGCCAAUUUUUGCGAACCGGUCGAGUAAGUGGACGUUUUCGGAAAGGCGAAGACAUCUGGUUCUGUUAGUUUAUCUUGAAAGGUGAAAAGCGGAACGUGUUUUGGGCACGAUUGUGGUUCCAUUUGUGAGAGUUCGUCCUGUUUCCUUGCAUUGAUCCUCUGAUUACAGAAUGUGCCAUUAGCCACGAAGUGUGUCGCAAGUCUUUAUGGUAGAUGCCAACCGUGCACGAUGGAUCUAUUGGGCGAUGGUGGUGAAAGUGAUCCGACGCACUACUAUCAUGAUUACUCUCGGCAUUACGAGUAUAACAUCACCAACAACGGAUCAAGUGAUGCCAUCCCGCUCUACACCGGAUAUCCGCGAGCACUACUCAACAUCGCAACGGUGACGUGCAUCGCGUACAUGGUCGUUGGCGUACCAGGCAACCUGCUGACAAUAGUGGCCUUGAUCAAGAGUAAGAAGACGCGCAACGCAACGGCUGUUUUCAUCAUGAAUUUAUCGUUUUCUGAUUUGCUGUUCUGCUGCUUCAAUCUGCCACUGGCCGCAAGCACCUUCUGGCACCAGGCCUGGCUGUAUGGGGAUGUUUUCUGCCGGCUGCUACCGAUGAUGCGAUACGGUUUGCUUGCCGUUUCGCUGUUUACCAUACUGGCCAUCACAAUCAAUCGCUAUAUUAUGAUCGGCCAUCAGCGGCUGUAUCAAAGAAUUUAUCGUACGAAAAACCUUUGUCUGAUGGUGGCUUUUACCUGGAUCUUAGGAUUCGGCUCACUCCUACCGACGUGGCACGAGAAAUGGGGGAAGUUUGGUCUAGACAUUGGCAUCCACUCGUGCUCCAUACUGCCCGAUAGUCAACGUCAUUCCCCGAAACAGUUCCUGUUCUUGAUAGCAUUUGCUCUGCCCUGUCUGGCGAUUAUUAUUUGUUACGCACGCAUAUUCUACAUAGUGCGAUCGACCGCUCUGCGUACUAAAGAUCUAGUGAGUGAAAAUCUGGACGACAACAGCAUCGAAGACGUUUCUAGUGCUGUCAGUAAUCAGCAGCAACCGGGACAGCAUGCGGGAUCGUCUGCUACGAUCACUCCCGAAAAGGAAAACCCUGGUGGAUUGACACAACAGAACGAUCACCCGCCACCAUUGUCGUACAUCAACUUCAGUCAACAUACGGAUUGGCACUACAUCGAUUCGAGUACGGAGAAUGAAAUAUUCUGCAGCACAUCAUCGACAGAGGAUAUAUCGUGCCGGGCCGCCGGCACGUUAAAUACGAAGCUCGAUAACAACGCUGUCGAUCGCUGUGAUUGUGGUGCUUCUAGGAUACCGCCUCAGACGGAUGAAGGAUAUCUGGACAAUAGCAACGCAAAACCGCGAAAUCAACGGUACGCCACAGCAUCGGGACCGGGCGUCAGGCGCAAUGCAAGCAAUAUUAAUGCGAGAAAGCGCAAGAAGCAUCUUAACACAUCCGGUGCCUCGAUCAUGAGUGCGGGCAAGAUGUCCGCCAAGGAUCGGAAGCUGUUGCAGAUGAUACUGGUGAUUUUCCUCGCAUUUCUCGUCUGCUACCUACCGAUCACGGUGGUGAAGCUGUUCCGUCCCAGCAUGCAGGUGUUGAACGUGGUGUCAUACUUGCUGAUCUAUCUGACCACCUGCAUUAAUCCAAUCAUCUACGUGGUAAUGUCGCGAGAGUAUCGCCAAGCGUACUCGGAUCUGGUGCUCUGCCGUACGUACGAAAUGGCAAAAAGUAAAUGUAAGCAGCAUAAAGCGGCCAAUGUGCUGCGGUUUGCGUCGAAAUGUUAACAAAUGGGCAGCAGGCAGGUGUCCCAACGCUAGUCUUUGUAUCUGUGUUUUAGGCGUAGUAUCGUAUCGUGCAGUUUAAUUAGUUGACCGUUGAACGACAUCAGGAUCACGCAUUUAGAAACGACUUCGCGAGUAUCUUAGACUACUUACCAUCUCUAAGUACGCGUGAAACGAAUCCGGUCUGUGUGUGUGUGUUGUAUUGUUAGUUUUUAUUGUUACAAUGAGCUUGAUAAGAAGCAAAAUGUAGUACCUUUGGUGUAUUGUUGGUGAAAAGCGUGUUAAAGAAGUGCACUUCAAUUAGAAUUAAGAAGCUACACGUGGAAAUAGUUAGGUAAUGUAUGUGGAUCUUGUCACCUUCAUGUUUUCAUUAGCUUUCGUUCGAAGUAUAAAAGUUGAUCAUUUAUGAAUGAAACUAGCAGUGCGUUUUAUU